ACCCGGGAAUGGUGGGUGGGCGGCGGUUGGUGGGGGUGGGGGGAAAUAUGCUGCUGCUGCACUCGGCCACAACCGCCCUGAGUGAAUGUUAAUGUAAAGGGAGCUGUUUAGAAGAAGUUGCUGAAGGAGCUGGAGUACAAAAGAGGCCCACCCACUGGCUUGCAGCUGAAAGCCAUGCUCACAGGAAGUGCAGGGCUUCUACUUACCAUUACUUGUCAGUGCCACUUGGGUGAGGAAGUGAGGAAAGAGCUCAGUUGCAGCAACUUUGGGUAGUAACCCAGUCAGUGGAAUAUCAACUUCAAACAAGUAGCUGGCUAAGCAUUAAAUUGGAGGCCCGCAGAUGUUACUCUGAUUCUUCAACUGAAAACAAAAUGAUGAAAGACCAAGAAGAGGAGGAAUUCAUCACUGUGCGAGUGCAGGAUCCAAGAAUCCAAGACCAGAAUUCCUGGGCUUCUUACGUAGAUUACAAAAUAUUCCUCUACACAAACAGUAAGGCAUUUACAGUAAAGACUUCCUGUGUGCGGAGACGAUAUCGUGAAUUUGUAUGGCUGAGGCGUCAGCUCCAGAAGAAUGCUGGAUUAGUACCCCUCCCAGAGCUACCAGGCAAGAAACCAUUUUUCCAAGUUAAUGACAUUGAAAGUAUAGAGAGAAGACGCCAAGGUUUGCAGCAGUUUCUGGAAAAGGUUCUCCACACAACCAUCUUUCUGUCCGACAGCCAGCUUCACCUCUUCCUGCAGACCCAGCUGCCUCCGGCACAGAUUGAGUCUUGUGUUCAGGGCCGCACUCCAUUCUCUGUCAACAAGGCUAUCUUGGAAAAUGCCAUGUGCAGAAAGAGUGUUCUGCUCAGGGAGGAUGCAGAGGCUGUGGGCUACGAGUGCGGAAGCUCACCCUCUGACAUUCAGGCAAAUGAUGUCGAAACCAGUGACGAGACCCCUGCGUCUCAGGAAGAGCCAGCAGCCUCAGGCAGGAUAUGAGGACCAAGUUGGAAUGAUAUACUUUGCGUUAUUGUGAAUCUGCCCACGUCCUUGGCAUGCAAUGAUAUCUCGUCACUCAAAUGAUCUAAAUUGAGAUAUUGACUGGAUUGAACACAGUCUGAUGUGGAGUUGUGACUGCAGUCUUUACUACAACAAAGUGUUGGACUGUCGAAUUGCGAAACCAACUUUGAAUCAAUUAACAUUCACUGCUUAUUUCAGUAACAGAGUAGCAAAGAUAGAAUGAACAAUGUGUUCCUGGAACAUUCAAGAACGUGUUUUGAUGCAGCAUGUUUGUGGGUUUCAUUUGAUGGGUGUUGCUUGGAAGUAGAGUUUGUGAGUUUGAUGCCUUUUAGUCCCAUGCGAUACUAUUCAUCUUACUGCUAGACCCAACUAUUCCAAUUCUCUUUUUCCAAAGAAGAGUCAUAAUAAACGCGCAACAUUAACCACACCCCCCUCCAUAGAUAUGACCAGUCUUGCCGAGUUUCUCCAGCACUUGCCCUUUUAUUUCAAGUCUCCAGCAUCCACAGUAUUUGUUUCUUUGUAUUCCAGUGGUGUCCUGGUGAGCCUCCAACCUCCUACCUUCCAAAUGUCUGCUGCCUGAAUCCUAACCCGUACAAAGCUCUUGCAGUGCCCUCUGACCAACACUGGCUCCUACUCUGGCAGCACUUUUGACUUUAAACUUCUAAUCCUGGUUUUCAAAUCCCUCCUUGGCCUAACUCCUUCCAAUCUCUGAAAUCUGCUCCAGCAUCACAACUCUGCAAGAUCUGUCUACCCCAGCCUCUUAUCCAACCACUCAUUUUCAUCACCUUGCUCUUGGUAGUCGUGCUUAAGCUGCUUGAGUCCCAAGCUCUGUAAUUCCCUCCCUCAGCCUCUACCUCUGCCUCUCACUCCUCUUUGAAAACACUCCAUAAACUUACCUCUUUGAUCGCCUGACCUUAUAUUUCCAUAUAUCUCUUGGCUGUCAAAUUUGCCUGACGACCCUCCUAUGACAGACCUUUGGGACGUUUUACAGUGUUCAAGGUUUUAUGCAAAAGCAUGUGUGUUAUUGUUGUAUACAGCUGCUACAUUGUGAAUAUUGAUAGAGAAAACCUAACUCCCUGUUGAAUGGUUGAGUCACCUUUAUGUGUGAGCAGCAGAGCAAUGGUUAGUCAAUAGAAUCAACUUCUGUGACCUUCAGCUUCAGUCAAUGUUUCUCCACUUGUUCGCAAAGAUUGAUGGUACUUCAGUUUCAUAGAAUCCCUAGUGUGAAAGGAGGCCAUUUGGCCUGUCACAUCCUCACUCACCCUCCAAAGGGCAUCCCACCCAGACACAUACCUUUACCCUAUCCCCAUAACCCCACAUUUACCAUGGCCAAUCCACCUAACCUUUGGACUGUGGCAGGAAAUCAGAGCAUGCGGAGGAAACCCAUACAGAAACGGGGAGAACAUGCAACCUCCACAAGGACAGUUGCCCUAGGCUAGGUUCGAACUCCGGUCCCUGACGUUGUGAAUUUGUGGGAAAUAUCAGUGGCAAGGUGGAAUUUCAAAACAAAUAUUGUACCCUCGUCCUUACUUAUGUCAUUAAAUCUCCAUGACUGAA